UUAUGAUCGUCAUCGCCCAAAAAUGUUCUGCAGAAUCGUUUUAGUUCUUGCUUUCAUAAUUCAUGUUCAAGCAGACUUGCUGCAGAUAUCGGUUGAUCCAGGAACACAACGUCUUGUCGACACACUGGGUCGUGAAAUAUUAAUUCAUGGCACGAAUAUUGUUAUCAAGAAGUUCCCUUGGCAUCCAGAAACGACGGGUUUUGGCCAAGAUACAUUCUCAGAAGAAGACAUGAAAUUUAUGCAAUCUCUUGGGUUGAAUGGUGUCCGUCUUGGCAUGAUGUGGCCUGGCUUAGUUCCCAACAAAGGACAAUUCAACGAAACCUAUUUAAAAACAAUGGUUGAUUUAGUAACGAAAGCGGCAGAAUAUGGUAUUUAUAUCCUAUUGGACAUGCAUCAGGAUGUAAUGUCUCGUCGCUUUUGUGUUGAAGGUUUUCCUAGCUGGACUAUUGACUCAGAAAUAGCGAAGAACUUUCCAUUUCCAUUACACGAACCCUAUAAACUCGAUCCUGAGACAGGAUUCCCAAGUUCAGAAGACUGUAGUCGUUUUUCAUGGGCAACAUAUUACCUUACACAGGCGGUGGGAAAAUCGUUUGAAAAUCUUUAUACGAAUGUCGAUGGCCUAAGAGAUGACUGGGCAAAUUUUUGGGUUAAAACCGCACAAACAUUUAAAAAACAUACAAAUGUGAUGGGUUAUGAAUUGAUUAACGAACCUUGGGCAGGCGAUGUAUACAGUAAUCCUGGAUUAUUGAUACCAACUGUAGCUGAUAAAAAGAACCUAGAGCCAGCUUACAAUGCUUUGGCGAAAGCAAUCCGAGCAGUCGACGAUGAACACUGUAUCUUCUUUGAGCCUGUUACAUGGGAUGAUUUCGGAGUAGGCUUCGAAACUGUACCAGGGGGAAACGCUUAUCAAAACAGAAGUGUGUUGAGCUACCAUUAUUAUGUCCCCCCUAAUUUCAAUGUCAACCUGAACUUCGAUGUCCGUUUGUGUGAUUUAAGAAAGUUAAAAUGUGGAGGGAUGUUGACAGAAUUUGCAACUUAUACAUCGUCAUCAGCUGCAGAAAUGUUCAAAGUUUUGAGAGAUGCUGAUUUGACAUUUCAGUCGUGGUUGGGAUGGGAGUAUUAUGGCUCUAAACAAACCUCUGAAGAAAGUCCAACUGCUCGAAUAUACAACACCAGCCGUACAUAUCCCCAGGCAGUCGCUGGUCAUGUCCUGGAUCUCAAUUUUGACCACCAUACAAAUGAUUUCCGCGUACUAUACGAAAUCACCGAGAAAUGCCGUAGUUAUAAAACAGUGAUCUAUUUAAACCAAGAACUUCAUUAUCCCAACGGUUAUAACGUGAUAGUUGAUUCUACAGGUCAUGUGACAUGGUAUUCGAAAGAAAGUAACUAUGUUAUAGUUGAGCACAGUGUGGAUCUGAACCCUGGUGAUAACGUACUCGUACGUAUAACACCACUAUAAGUGCAGGAACUGAAUGCCUGACGUCUUGAAGAAAUGAAAUAUUCACCAUUUUUUUUCAACACUAUCGAUAAUAGAACACACGAUUAGAACGGGGAUUUACUUGACAAAGCAUCUAUAUCUAUAAAUCAAUCUCUAUCUAUAAAUCAAUAUACAUACAUGUAUGUAUGUACACACACAUGUAUGUAUUAUUACACUUAUAAUUAUGUUCUCCCUAAAUAAAUUAUUAAAUGUUUUGUAAAAGCAAAUUUCUUAUGACGACUUUGGAAUAUUAUUGAAUGUAUUUCGUACUUAAAAAAGGACGAUUUGAGGAAAAUUACUCUGAAUAUAGGUACGUUACCAAGCAACAAUAUCACUCUGAUCUUGGAACAUUGAUGCAAAAUAUCGAUGCUGCGAGUGUUUUCUGUAUGACCAUUGUAGUUUGCAUAAAACUUGUCUCGCGACAUGCAGAAACAAGCUAGUACUGUUGUGAAAACUGCCUUUCUUUAAAAUAUCGAGGAACAGACAAAAGCAAAUAUUUCUUACAGUAGCUAUGGAACUGCAU